AUGGCGUAUCGAAAACAACCUAUUCAAGAUGAAUUGGAGCUGGAGACAAUGGCAGAGGCUGAGUUAUCAAGACUAAAACGUCAAUAUCGAAUGAUGGAAAACGAUCGUACUACUUAUGGAGAAAAAGCGCGUUUGCAACUUCGUAAUCAACAGAAUAUGAUUGAACGUUUAGAAUUUGAAAAAUCUGAGCUUGUAUUGGCUAUAAAAACUUCAAAAUCUGAAUCUAAUGCAAAAAAAGACGAAGAAAUGGAUGAAAAAUUGAAAUGUUUGCUAGUCAAGCGAUCAAAAUACGUCAAAAUGAUAAAUAAUGAAAAACAGCAGAUUGAUGAAUUGCAAGAACAAAUAAUAAAGGUAUCAAAGGAAGUUGUAGGAUUAAAAAUGAAAAUAAGAACAGAUGCACAGUCACGAGAAAUAACUGAAAAGCAUCAUCGUAUGAUUGCAAUACUUGAGAAUCGAUUAGACGUUGCGACAAAGCGAUUUAAUGUUGUGGUAGCUGAGAAUGCACAACUUCGUGCUCGGAUUGACAGUUUACUUAAAGAACGUGCUCAAUUCAAUAUUCUUUGGGCUAAAAUGAUUGGUCAAUUGAAUACUGGUAAAAUGGUAAUCAGUGAUAUUAUCGAACAAGCAACAAUAACAUUUAAUCAACGUGACGAAGAGCUAAAUAAAAUUUAUGCUUUAAGAGAACGAGGUACAAGAGAUUUGAAAACUCAUACCUCAGAGAUGUGUGAGUUACAACGUACGCUUGAUAAUGAAUUGAAGUUGCAAGAAUUUCUUGGAAUUAAAGGACAGUACCGAGAAACUGCUGAUUUAAAUGCUAGAAAAGAAGCUGAGCUUCGUACAAAACAAGAAGAAAAAGAAAAUAAAAUAGCGUCAUACAGUGAAAUUUUGAAUUUAAUUAAGCAAUUUACUGGUGAAAAUGACAUAGAUAAUCUGUCGACGUAUUUUCUCAAGCAAGAAGAAGAAAAUUUUGCGUUGUUCAGUUAUGUUAAUGAACUUAAUGAUGAAUUAGAAGGUCUACAAAUACGAGUAGCACAAUUGCGAGAUGAUAUCGACGAAGCACGAGCGUUAAAUGCUCGUCGAGGUUUCCAGCAAGCUGAAACGCUUGAAAAAAUUGCUAAAGAGUUAGAAGAACAGGAAAAAAAAGCAAAUGAUGCUGAAGAAAAUUUAGUUAAGUGUAAUGAAGUAAUAGAAAAAUUACUCGAAGGAAUAGAUGCACUUUUUCAUUCAAUUGGCUGUGAUAAUUCUUCAAUUUUAAAUCUUCUUGGUGACAAUACUCACGUUACAAUGAAUAACAUCAUGCUUUACUUAGGUAUAAUUGAAAAGAGAAUAACUGAAAUGCUUAACAAGGUCCACUGGGUUGAUGUGAAUGGAAAAUCUGAUACUAUUAGACUAGAUGAGGAACGUAAACCAAAAUUAAAUAUUCCUGUGUUAUCUGAAAUAGCUCCUACCCAACCAUGUUCUUUGUGUGUUGAAAAAGAAGUGCUCCAAUCUGUAUCUGAAGGUUUAGAAGUUCCGUUAACACGUCAAGACAUCAAAGAGAAACUUUAUACAGCUCAAUCAAUUAAUGAUAACUCCCAGCUAUUACAUAAUGUUUCUGGAUGUUACUUACCAGCAGCCCGAAAAAUUAUGCAAAAACGCUAUCAAUAA